CAACCAAAACCAAACCCAUUUGGCCUACCUCUCCUAUAAAUGCCCCAUUGUGUUCAACCAUUGCAUAAUGCACUUGUGAGAGAAGAAACAGCUAUACAAUAUGGGUUCAAUUGUGAACAAUGGUGCUGCCAAGAGGCCUGAGUUGAUAGCUCAUGGAAUGCCAGAGGCACUCAAGCUGAACCAUAACUCUAUGAAGAGAUGCUUUGGUAAGCUUGUUGAGAAGGGGAAUAGGAGCUUGAAGCUCAAGCAAUUGAUGGAGGAAAUGGAGCAUGUGGAGGGUGUUCUUGCCCAUAUUUUCGCAUUUACUCAGGAGGCAAUUGUGACUCCUCCGUAUGUUGCUUUUGCUGUUCGACCAGAACCAGGGUGUUGGGAGUUUAUUCGAGUUAGUGCGCUCGAUCUCUCAGUCAAAUCUCUCACUUCUACUGAAUUUAUCAAAUUAAAAGAGAUUAUUUAUGACAAAGAAUGGGCAAAUGAUGAACAUGCAUUGGAAGUGGAUUUUGGAGCCAUUGAAUUCACAACUCCUCACUUAACCAUUCCCUCCUCAAUUGGAGAAGGUCUUAGCUACACUACAAAGUUUCUCACCUCAAACCUAAGUGGCAAAUUGGAGAAUGCACAACCGCUCGUCGAUUACUUGUUAUCCCUCGAGUAUCAAGGAGUGAAACUUAUGUUAAACGAAACUCUAAACACAGUUUCCAAACUUCAAACGACACUGAUUCUUGUGGAUAUUUUCCUCUCUACACUUCCUCCAGACACCCCUUACGAAAACUUCCAUCUUAGAUUGAAGGAGUGGGGUUUUGAGAAAGGAUGGGGAGACUGUGCUGGAAGAGUAAAGGAAACCAUGAGAUGUCUGUCUGACAUACUCCAAGCCUAUGAUCCAACACAAAUGGAAAAGUUCUUCAGCUGGCUUCCCACCAUUUUCAACAUUAUCAUCUUGUCUCCUCAUGGAUACUUUGGACAAGCUGAUGUUCUUGGUCUACCCGACACCGGAGGCCAGGUUGUCUACAUUCUUGAUCAAGUUAAAGCUAUGGAAGACGAACUUCUUCUCAGAAUUAAGCAACAAGGCCUCAAUUUCAAGCCUCAAAUUAUUAUCAUAACAAGACUUAUUCCAGACGCCAAGGGAACCAAAUGCAACCAAGAAAUCGAACCAGUCCUUGGGACUAAUUACUCUAAGAUUGUAAGGGUGCCCUUUAGAACCGAAAAGGGCAUCCUUCAUCGUUGGGUUUCUCGUUUCGAUAUCUAUCCUUUCCUCGAGAGAUUUGCUCAAGAUGCCACUGCCAAGAUAUUAGAUCUCAUGGGAGCAAAGCCAGAUCUAAUCAUUGGAAACUAUACAGAUGGGAAUCUUGUGGCAUCCCUCAUGGCCAGCAAGCUAGGAAUAACCCAAGCAACAAUUGCACAUGCCUUGGAGAAGACUAAAUAUGAAGAUUCAGAUCUUAAAUGGAAGGAAUUGGACUCAAAGUAUCACUUUUCAUGCCAAUUUACAGCUGAUAUUCUUGCAAUGAAUGCCACUGAUUUUGUGAUUGCAAGCACAUUCCAAGAGAUUGCAGGAAGUAAGAAGAAGCCAGGGCAAUAUGAGAGCCACGAGGCGUUUACGCUUCCGGGGCUGUACCGAGUGGUUUCGGGCAUCAACGUGUUCGAUCCAAAGUUCAACAUUGCAGCACCAGGGGCUGAUCAGUCAGUGUAUUUCCCUUACAUGGCUAAGGAAAGAUUCACAUCGUUUCAACCAGCAAUUGAGGAACUUCUUUUCAGUAAUGUUGAGAAUGAUGUGCAUAUAGGAUAUCUAGCAGAUAAGAAAAAACCGAUCAUAUUUACGAUGGCACGGUUCGAUGUCGUGAAGAACAUCACGGGAUUGGUUGAAUGGUUUGGGAAGAAUGAGAAGCUGAGAAAUUUGGUGAAUCUUGUUGUGGUUGGGGGAUUCUUUGAUCCUUCCAAAUCAAAGGACAGAGAAGAAAUGGCAGAGAUAAGAAAGAUGCAUGAAUUGAUUGACAAAUACCAACUCAAAGGGCAGAUCAGAUGGAUAGCAGCACAGACUGAUCGACGUCGUAACGGAGAACUCUACCGAUGCAUCGCCGACACGAAAGGAGCCUUUGUGCAGCCUGCUCUAUAUGAAGCUUUUGGUCUCACAGUGAUUGAGGCAAUGAACUCUGGCUUACCAACCUUUGCUACCAAUCAAGGAGGUCCAGCUGAGAUCAUAGUUGAUGGCAUCUCAGGCUUCCAUAUCGAUCCAAACAACGGCGCUGAAUCGAGCAAAAAGAUCGCUAACUUCUUCGAAAACUGCAAGAACGACCACGCCUACUGGACCAAAAUUUCGAACGGCGGCUUGAAACGUAUCGAUGAAUGCUACACUUGGAAAAUCUAUGCAAACAAGGUGCUUAACAUGGGUAGCACUUACACUUUUUGGAACCAAUUGAACAACCACCAAAAGCAAGCUAAGCAAAGAUACAUCCAAAUGUUUUACAAUCUUCUUUACAAGAAUUUGGUGAAGACCGUGCCGGUCGCUGUCGACGACACUGCGUAGCCAUCACAAGAGUAUGCAACCCAACAAACAUGACAAGCUUAAGCAAGAAAACUUUCUUUCAAGAAUGUUGCCUUUUCAACACAGUUUGUAAUUUCAAGCAGUCAUAUAUAUUAUGAUUGGAAUGUUUCCCUUUUCCCUUGUUGAAAUUGAAUAAAGGUUGUGUUCAUCUUGAGUUGAACACAAAUGGAGAUUCUUGUGUUCA